AUGGAAUCCCAACACACCCGCUUCGACAUCAAAAGCAUUGCCAUCGUUGGUGCUGGGCCAUGCGGCCUUGCAGCCGCCAAGUACCUGCUCGCUCAGAAUGCAUUCCAAACAGUCGACAUAUUUGAACAGCAGGCAGAAGUGGGCGGUGUAUGGUAUUACAGUCCGAAGCCUUCCGCGACAGUCCGCGUGCCCCAAGUGACAGCCGACUGUCCUCCAGACCCUCCUCUGGUAUCCCAUGGCGAGGAGGAUCCCGUCUUUCCCUCGCCCAUGUACGAGGUUUUGCACACCAACAUUCCCCGCGCGUUGAUGGGGUACUCGGACUGUCAGAUCCCCAAUGAUACGCUAAUUUUCCCGUCUCGACAACACAUCCAGGACUAUGUAGUUGAAUACGCCAGAGACAUCCGGCAUUUCAUCCGGUUCUCGACCCAAGUCAGGGACAUUCGCUUGAGAGUGGUGGAAGGGAAAGAUCGGUGGGAUGUGGACGCAAAAAGCCUCCAAACUGGGGAAUUAAAGAGCGCGACAUACGACGCUGUCGUUGUGGCCUCGGGUCAUUACUCCGCCGUUUACAUUCCCGAUGCAAAGGGAAUCCGAAAGUUCCACGAGGCGCAUCCUACAGUCAUCUCUCACUCGAAGCACUACCGAACACCGGAACCUUUCACCAACAAGAAGGUGGUCGUCGUCGGCAACGCGGCCUCGGGGCUCGACAUUGCCGCGCAAAUCAGCCCGGUUUGCCAAAAACCGCUUCUUCUGUCGGUGCAAUCUCCCACAUCAGACGAGAAUCUGACAUUCUGCGGCGCUGAAGAGGUUUCGCUCAUUGAUGAGUUCCUCACCGAAGGACGGGGCAUCCGGUUCCAGGACGGCCGCGUCGAGAAAAACAUCGACGCUGUGAUCUUCGCGACCGGCUAUCUGUUCUCCUUUCCCUUUCUCCGAUCCCUCAAGCCAUCCGUGGUGACGGAUGGGCGUCGAGUGCGCGGCUUGUACAAGCAUAUCUUCCACAUCGACCAUCCAACUCUGGUUUUCACCAGGUUGCCCAUCAAGGUGGUGCCAUUCCCGCUCUCCGAGAGCCAGGCGGCCGUGUUCUCGCGGACGUGGGCGAAUCUACUGCCCCUUCCCUCCGUCGAAGAGAUGAGGAAAUGGGAGCAGGAGGAAGUGGAGAGGCGGGGUUCGAAGUUUCAUGUCUGGCCCGAAGGUGGUGAUGCCGAGUACAUCAACUCGGUCCAUGAGUGGAUUGUGCGGUCGGGAACACCAGGGAAGAUACCACCGUAUUGGGACCCUGAGCUGGUUUGGCAGAGGCGGAUCUACGCAAAGGCCAAGUUGAGGUUCGAGAUGGACGGGCGGAGGGCUACAACGCUUGCAGAGCUCGGCUUCGAAUACUUGCCCGACCAACACGAGUGCUAA